AUUAUCGGUCCAUGAGUCGCAGUCGGAACCCCCCUCCUCGGGGUCAAGGAGCAGCGCGAGCUAAGCAGAUGGGGCUGCUUCUUGACCUGUCACCCGAUGGAGGGAUGGAUGAUGAUGGAAAUGAUGAUGAGCUGGAGGCAGAGCUCCUCCGUCUGGUGGGAGGAGGUGGGACAUCACAGGGAAAGAAAGAAGGGGGAGCUCCCGUUCCCAUGGCAGAAAUUGAGCGAAUGGCAGCACUUUGUAUGAAAGAUCUGGAUGAUGAUGAAAUUGGAGAGGAAGAUUUAGAUGAUGAAGAUCUUCUGGCGGAACUGAAUGAAGUUUUGGAGGAUGAUGAUGACCAGCAUCCUGCUGCAACACCCCCUGCUGCCACAGCAGCUGCUCUUAAAGUGAAUAUCACAUCCCAUCCUGCUCCUCCUUAUGCUCCCAGUGGUGAAUCUGGGUUGGAGUCCCAACUUUUAGAGCGCAUUGCGAUGUAUCAGACAGCCAUAUCCAAUGGCAAGGCUGCGGGCGAGACGAGCAAAGUUCGAAGAUAUGACCGGGGGUUAAAGACAUUGCAGGCCAUGUUAACAUCUGUCAAGAAGGGGAAGUCUAUUAAUGAGGAGGAGAUCCCUCCCCCCGUUGCUCUUGGACAAAAGGCAAAUGUUACCACAGAGUCCGAACCGGUGAAGGAACGAGAGCCGCCAGAGCCCACGUUCAUUCCCUCCCCUCCAUCCAAUCAGCAACCCCUGAGAGAGGCAGCACCAGCAGCUCCUAACACUAAGCCAGUUAAGCCAACACAUUUGUUCCCCCCACAAAAGCCUGAUGCUCCCAUCACCCCAGAAACACCCGCUAUCUCUCCUCUCACUCCUUGCCAGCCUAACGCCCAGCACUCAGAGCUGAAACAGGCUGUGCUGUCCAGACAAAGGGAGUAUAAGAUGGCUGCUAUACACGCCAAACAGAACGGUGACAUCAACCAGGCCAAACAACACUACCUCACUGCCAAGAAGCUCAACUCGCUACUGGAGGCCGUGGAUAAAGGAGAACCAGUACAGCUGAGCUCGCUGCCUCCUGCUCCUGGAGAUGUAGUACCAGAGCACGUUGCACGUCCUGCUCCUCUGUCUUCAUCCAAACCUGCUGCCCCUGCUCCCCCUGCUGCCCCAGCACCUACUCAGUUGGCUACUGCUGACCUGCCUGCUCCCAGCAGUUUGGCAGAAGCCCUGCAGCAGAGGAUGGACAUAUACAAGCAGGCAGCAGAGGGAGCCAAGACCAAAGGAGACGAUCGGAAGGCUCGCAUGCACCAGCGCAUUGUGAAGCAAUACCAGGAUGCCAUCAGAGCACAUAAAGCAGGCCGACCUGUCACCUUGUCUGAUCUACCGGUGCCACCAGGCUGUCCACCACUACAGGGCUCAGAGGGGAGUCAGCAGAACAUAAUGGGUGUUCUGGAAACGGCUAUGAAAAUAGCAAAUCAAGAUGCAGACGCAGAAGAUGAAGAAGAUGGAGAAGGAGAGGCUGCCAGGGUGGAACAAAAAAAGCCAGCAAUGCGUCCACCUGCCCAGAAAGCAAAGUCUCCGGCUCCUCAGGGCCACGGAGGAUCCUCAAAUCAAAAACUGGGACCCAAAGCCCAGCAGCAAGUGGAUUUCCUGUUGCUACGGCGACAAGCCUUUUUGCGUGCAGCACUGCGCUCUAAACAGCUGAAGGACAUGACGGGAGCAGCGCAGCACCUCAGACAUGCCAAGGGUCUGGACCCCAUGAUCUCCGCUGCAAAGUCUGGCCUACCAGUCGAUAUCACAAAAAUUCCAAACACUCCAGUUAGUGAGGCGGACUACUCCCUGGGUCGCUCUCGAACCUCUCCACUCUCUCCCCGUUCGAGUGAGAAGUACCAUGGCCUCAUGGAUCUUUUGCAAAAGCAACACGAGAAAUGUCUGGGCCUCUCCCAGCAGUUCACACUCAUGGGCAACGUAGCGGAAGCUUUAAAGUCUGAGAAGCUGGUCGAGGAAUCCACAAAGUACAUAGAUAUACUGAAGAAUGCCCACUCCAAGGGUCAGCCGGUCCCCAAGUGCCACACAGAGGAGAGGACCUUCAACUCUGUCAAGCAGUACUCCGACCUGACACCUCAUGACCUCAUGCUGUACAUCAUCCGUGGGAUCAACCUACCCGCUCCAUCAGGUGUGUCCGCUAAUGACCUGGACGCCAGUGUAAAAUUUGAGUUUCCAUUUCCCAGCACGGAGGAAGCCCAGAGGGACAAGACCAGCACUGUGAAGAACAGCAGCAGUCCCGAAUUUAAAGAGCAGUUCAAACUCAGCAUCAACCGCGCCCACAGGGGCUUCAAACGGGUCGUUCAGUCCAAAGGCAUCAAGUUCGAAAUCAUCCACAAGGGCGGUCUGUUUAAGACGGACAAAGUGGUGGGAACCGCUCAGCUGAAGCUGGAGGCUCUAGAGCACCACUGUGACGUCAGGGAGAUCGUGGAAGUGAUGGAUGGACGCAAAGCUACAGGUGGAAAGUUGGAGGUGAGGGUGAAGAUCAGAGAGCCUCUGUCAGGAGUUGACCUUCAGCCGGCGACAGAGAAGUGGCUGGUUCUUGAACCGGCAUCUUCACUUUCUCCACCGGAGAAACAAAAGGAGCGGGCUCCAUCUCCUCGGUCUAAACCAAGACAUGAAGCGAACAGCAGGAGCAGUCAUCCCAACAGCUCUCCUCCACUGUACAAACUCCACAGCUUCUGCCUCCUGAACUACGACAAGGAGCGGCUGGAGAGGAAGAUCGGAGACUACCAAAAGAACCGACGAGACCCAUCUGACCUCGUCAAGCAACACAAAGAGGUCCUGCACAGACUGCAGUGGCAGAAAGCACAGCUGGAGCGAGGCUCUCCGGCUCUGCUGACAGAGUAUGAAAAUGUGCUGCGGCGCUUCAUCCAAGGACUCUCUGAAUCUGUGAAGCAAUACUCCAGUCAAGGCAACAGGGAUGCUGCCAAGGAUGCGCUGGGCAGAUUGAAGAUGGUAGAGAGUGAGCUAGAAACGCUGAAGAGGAAACGCACUGGAUAAGAAGACGAAGUGGAAGAGGAGGCUUGGCUGGAGUACUGUUAUCGCACCUUCUCUCUCUGUCUCUCUUACAUACUCAUACAAAUGCUACAGUGGGUACAACUGCACCUUUGGUGGUUCUCUUCUGCUGGUGACCCAAACAACUGCAUGAAACCAGCCUGCUAUUUCUGUCAUCCUAUAACUGCUGCCACAUGUAGGUAAUCACUUGCUUCAAAGAAAUUUAAAAACAGCAACUACAAAGGGAGAGCGAUUAUUAAAGGAAGCAUUAAAAGACGGAGUAAACGGGAAAUGGUGACUUUUUUUGCACUUAAACAAGAAAAAACUCUACAGAAACCUGCUUCUACAGCUUUCCUUUGACAUUUAUUGGGGGAGAUUAAUUUGAAGAUGUUAUGUUUUACACUUGACACCAGCUCCUUUUGGUUUCCACAGAUGACCAAAAAUGUGUGCGUGUACAUGAGUGAGGUGUGUUUAACCGGUGGACUGGACUGAUUAUAACCCUUUCUCAGCACAUUUUAUGUGUGUAAUGAGCUUUAUCUAAUCUGUCUGCUCCAGUGUUCCCAGAUUACAGUAAUCUGCUCCAUUUGGAUUGCAGUGAUAUGGGAAUAAAAAGGAAAAAAAAAAUUAUGGCUUCGGGGUGCUCAAGCCUACAUCCCAUAGUGAGGGAUUAGUGUUUAUGUCACCAAGGAGACGACUAGAUCCAGACGUGGAGUCGUCUUUAGAGGCUUUAAGAGGAAGUGUUAACAUAGACUCAUGAAUGUGGUGGAAGCUUAGCUGUGCGAAGGGAUUGCUGCUUUUUCUUCAGUGUAAGCUGCCUCCUCUCUUGUCUGCAUCUUCACUGUCUUUACACUAUUUCUUUUCAGCAUAUAUUCAGAGAUUAUUGUGUUUUAAGUAGUAGGCCGUCCCACUUCAAUUUUUUAUUUUUUUUUUUUUAACUCAACAUCACACAAUCCACUUGGCUAUUGAUUUAAAAAUAAUGAAAUUUGUGGCAUCAGUGUGCUACCUCUGCAACACAUUUUGGUGGAUGCAGUUUACACAAAAACUGCCGGUCCAACUGAGAUGCCUGACGGCAGCACAGCGGAUCCACAAGAAGGCAACGUGUCAGUAAUAACUGUGUAAUUGCUCAAUUACCCCACAGACGUCCCUAUUAUAAAUAUCCCCUCCAUUUAACUAUGGUGACUAAAGUCAGCCAACAGAGAUCAGAGGAAACCAAUGAAACUCCCUUUUCUGUGACAUUUCCAGCUGAUAAAUGUGGACGUCUUAGAAAACAUUUUUGUUAAAACACUAAAUGUGAACAAAAUAUAUUGAUAUAUAAUCUGAGAAAUGUCCCAGUGCUGCCAUGUAUUCUGAGCUGUGGCUUAUACUGUAAACAGAUGUUUUCUCUGUGUGUUUGACCUGAUAAACUGACAGCUACAGCAUUUGCUGAUUGCAUCCAGCCGGGAUGUAGCACACACUACUUCCACCGAGCCAUGCUGUAUGUUUAUAUGUGACCUUUUUAAGUAUCAAUAAUGACAUUGACUACAAGUUUUUUGGUCAUGUGACACACCAGAUAAUUAUCUGGUGUUCAAAUUAAUCUACAUGACUCCAUUAACAAAUAAUCCUGGUUAAAGCUGGUCCUCAACGGAGCAGUGUUUUCUUUUUUUUUUUCUUUGUUUUUAUGCGGCACCCCUUCCUCCCCUUUUUAAAAUCAAGAGCACUUAUCUUGUGACGCUGUAAGUGUCGUAGUGCUUUUGAUCACCUGAUUCUUUUAUAUGGACAGACGAACAGACAGAUUCAGCGUUCUAUGCUGAUGUAAUCAUGAUGUAAUAACCUUUUACUUAAUAUGAGAUAACGGCUAGACCACCUCGGUCUAUUUGCAAUAUUCAUCCCUUUUCAAGCAGCUGUAAUUUCUAAUUUUAGCUGAGGUUUCAGCAGGUUGAUGGGCCGUUUGCCUGUAACUUCCUGGCAGUUAAUGGUUUCCAUUAAUGUCUGUGACAUAAAAAUUUAAUUAAUUAAAACAUAACAAUUGGCUUACUUGGCAGACUUGUCUGCUGCGGUCAGCCUUUGUUACACAGAAAUACAAACUAUUUUCAUUACAGACUGAAUUUUUUAACCCAUCAACAUGCUCUGUAUUUAAAUUACUAA